GCGCUGCCGCCGCUCUCCCCCGGUCCCAGCCCUGGCAUGCCGGGCAUGAUGGAGAAGGGCGCGGAGCUCUUGGGGGGUAAGAGCCGGGCAGCCCCCAACGGCGCCAAGAGCAGCAGCCCCUCCAACGGGCACUACUCGGAGCCGGAGAGCGGCGGCGGCGACAGUGGCGACGAGCACGAUGUAGGAAUGAGGGUCGGAGCGGAAUACCAGGCGCGCAUUCCUGACUUCGAGCCCGGUGCCACAAAAUACACUGAUAAAGAUAAUGGAGGGAUGCUUGUAUGGUCUCCAUAUCAUAAUAUUCCUGAUGCCAAGUUGGAUGAAUAUAUAGCAAUAGCAAAGGAAAAACAUGGAUACAAUGUGGAACAGGCUCUCGGCAUGUUGUUCUGGCACAAACACAAUAUUGAGAAGUCCCUUGCGGAUCUCCCUAACUUCACUCCUUUCCCUGAUGAAUGGACAGUUGAAGAUAAAGUCCUAUUUGAGCAAGCAUUUAGCUUCCAUGGAAAGAGCUUUCACAGGAUCCAGCAAAUGCUCCCAGACAAGACCAUUGCAAGCCUUGUAAAAUACUACUAUUCUUGGAAAAAAACUCGCUCUAGGACAAGUUUGAUGGAUCGUCAGGCUCGUAAACUAGCUAAUAGAAAUAAUCAAGGUGACAGUGAUGAUGAUGUAGAAGAAGCUCAUCCAAUGGAUGGAAAUGAUAGUGAUUAUGAUCCCAAAAAAGAAGCCAAAAAGGAGGUAACAGAUAACUUAAUGGGAAAUAAUGAGCAGCCUGUCCAGACCAGCAAAAUAGGUCUGGGUAGAAGAGAGUAUCAGAGCUUGCAGCAUCGCCACCAUUCCCAGCGUUCCAAAUGCCGUCCACCAAAAGGCAUGUACCUGACCCAGGAAGAUGUGAUAGCUGUUUCCUGUAGUCCCAAUGCAGCCAACACAAUUCUUAGACAGCUGGAUAUGGAACUAAUCUCGUUAAAGCGACAGGUUCAAAAUGCUAAGCAAGUAAACAGUGCACUUAAACAGAAAAUGGAAGGCGGGAUUGAAGAAUUCAAACCUCCUGAGUCUAAUCAGAAAAUCAAUGCCCGUUGGACCACAGAAGAGCAGCUUCUUGCAGUACAAGGUGUCCGAAAAUAUGGUAAAGAUUUUCAAGCUAUUGCAGAUGUAAUUGGCAACAAGACUGUUGGCCAAGUGAAGAACUUCUUUGUAAACUACAGGCGUCGGUUUAACUUAGAGGAGGUAUUGCAGGAAUGGGAAGCGGAACAAGGAACCCUGGCUUCUAAUGGUGAUGCUUCUGCUUUAGGGGAGGACACAAAAAAUACUUCUAAUGUGCCAUCAGGAAAGAGCACUGAUGAAGAAGAUGAGGGGAGAAAAGAGCAAGCCUUCACAGAUAUGAGACCAGUUUUCCAGAGGAGCAAGCUAAGAACUAGAAACAGAACUACGUCAAUGACCACCUGUAUAAAAAUAUUUUUAUGCCGAAGACUUGUACAGCAGAACAAUGCCUACACUGCGGCCCUCCUCUGUAUGAAUAACUGUUGAAGGAAGCUAACUUCUUAAAUGAAUAAAUGUUCGACGCACCAAGAUCUUGUUUAACUGAUUUUUACUCUAUUUAUUUUAUUACAGUUCUUUAUAGUCAAGCAUCUAACUACAGGAAAAUAGUCUGGCAAAUCUAGAAAUAGGUAAUAUUGUAGGAGACUUAAAUGUAGUGUUGGGGUUUUUUGUGUGUGUGACUUUUUAAAUUUUUUUUUACCUUUUAGUGAAAGAAAAUAAUGGCUUUAGGUUCAGAAUGUUUGGUCCUGUUUAGAUAACAGUAGAAGCAUUUCACACACUUGUAAAAUGUAGGUCUUCUCUUCAUGUUUUUCCCAGAAUAUCUUAGCUUGUUUUGAAAGGUACUGGCUUAUUAAAUACUCCUCUUUCAGAAUCUUCUGAAGACUCAGUUGUACCAAGUUUAUUCAAUCCCAUGCUUGUUCUACUCAUUGAAUUUAACUGGAAGUAGGAGCCCAGUUUCUUGCUACAGUCUUGUCUUGUGGGCUGGGCAAAACAGAAUGGCAGCAGCUUCCACCACCCAGAGGGAUGAUAAGAGAGGAACCAUCUAGCAAGAAGUAUUAAUUUAAAUUGUUAUUCCACUAAUAGUAGGUACAGUAAAGUUCCACUCCUCUGAGAAUGACUCUGCUGUUCGUGUAUGUUAGAUCACUGGUACCUUGCUCGAGCAGUAAUGAGGGAAGUGUAGAGGCUGCUGGUGCUGGUAGAAUAUCAUGAGAGUAGUUACCUGCUGCCAACCCAGUCUUACUUUUAAGUGAUUAUCUCUUGACUCCUGCUAUAUUUCUGGCAAAGUUGAUUACAUGAGUAUUAGGGGAAGGACAAGGGUGUUUGUUUAUUUUAUUGACUCAGUAAAACUUGCAUUUAGGUAUUCAUAUUGUUUCCAAAUUACAGGAGUUUGAAAGAAACUCAUUUCACUGCAUUCUCAUCUGAAACCCUGAUUGAUGCCUAGCAGUGUUUUGGGUGUGGGGUUUUUUGGUUUGGUUUUGUUUUGUAAAAGCAGAUGCCUCUACCCUCCAAGUAAACCAGGUUCCAAAUAUCACUAGCACUGUUUGAAACUGUGUGAUCUGAAUUAAGCUAUUGAGAAAUAAUGCAUUCUUGAUUAUGUAAUAAUAUUCAUGUUAACUGUCAUACUAUCUCAAAAUGGUUUUUUUGCUCAUAGCUGAAAUGGUGUCUGAAGUCUUUUUAACUCAUUUUUGUUAUUAACUAGAUUUGCCCUUCACUAAAAUGGGAUUUUUUUUUUUAAUGCAAAUAGGAUGUGCUCUCCCUAGGUUUUUUUCACAAAUAAAUUGAGUGGUCUAAUGAUCAGUUUAGCAGCUAAAUAAGGUCUUUUUUUAAUGUGCAAAGGGAAGUUUUUGUACUAUCAGAUUCUAUUUCAUUUGAAAAUCUAGUAUUAAAUUUUGUUAGUUGUAAACCUGAGUUGCAUUUAAAAUGUUGACCUUUAUUCAUUAUAUUGUUAUAAUAACAUUAUAAUAUAAUGUUUUAGUUCUUCAUUUUAAAAUAUUCUCAGAUCAAGCUUGAGAGAUUUUUCUUUCUGAAGAACUUUCGCUGGUGUGCUGCGGUGUCGUACAAAAGGUCUGUCUUACAAAUUUUCUUUUGUAUCAGGUGCUUAACCACUAUGUGAGCAUCAGAUGACCCCCUUUCUAAGUAAAGCAGAAUUUUAAAACAAGCACCAAGGAAUUCGUGAUCAUGGAAAAAACUUGUGUUCUGGGAGUCAUGAGUCUUCAGUGUACCCUCACCAGCUACGCACAAAUCUGGCUGCUCUCUGGUCUUUAAAACCAAUACAAAACCAAGAUGGUACAUUUUUACAGUUUAGUUGUUAACAGUGGUGAGAUUCACCUUCAGGAUUAUUUUUAUUUUCCUUUUUUAUUUUUUUUAUUUUUUUUUUUACUUUUAAGCGUUGAGUCUCCCAGGUGUGUGUAUUGUACAUCUGCUGAUUUUUGUCUUGUCUCUUGUUGAUAGACUUCAGUAUGCAGAAUGUUGGGUGUUACAAUACAGUUGGCCAUCACCAACUGCUAUGAAACUGUUCAGUACAUUGUAAUUCCGUUUAAUCUUGUUUAAAUAUUCUAUGACUGGGCAAAGGUGCUGUAUUUGAAGGGGGGAGGGAGGGCCAGAGAUAGGUAGGGUAGUAUUUCUUAUUUUACCUACACUGUAGCACACAGUAGGGAACUCCUAGCAUUUGUAGUACUAAAUAAGUAUGUACAUAGCAAAAUGUCUUUAUUGUGUGCUUUGCAGAAUAUGUGCAUACAGUUUGCACGUCCUGUUUUGGGGGGUAGGGUUUGUUUUAAGCAGUGUUUGCCUGGAGAGUGAUAUGCUUGCUGCUUAAUCAAAGGAUUAAAGUUUCAAAGAAAUCUGUGUCUUCUAUUUUUAUGUACCUUGUAAUGGUCUAAUAUGUUAGGGCCCUUAUACUGUGAUUCUCUUCUAAAUUCAUUUAUAUUUUUUUAAGAAUUAGAAAUAAAAUUAUACAAUGGUG